GGCGGCCGCAGGGGCGGCGGCGGGGCGCCGGCAGGGCAGGGCCCGGGAUUGCCGGGAGCGGUCGGGACCCCGUGGGCGCCGCGGCCGCCGCCGCAUGAGCGAGGGGACCAUGCCUCAGCCCGGGGCGUGGCCCGGCGCGGGCUGCGCGGAGACGCCGGCGCGGGCCGCGGGGGCCGCGGCGCGGGACGGCGGGAAGGCGGCGGGCGGCGGGCAGCCCCGGCCCGAGGUGCGGUGCCCGGCGGCGCGGUGCCCGGUGGAGCCUGAGGAGGACAUGGACAUGUACCGUGCUGCAGAUGAAAUAGAAAAGGAGAAAGAAUUGCUUGUUCAUGAAAGAGGGGCACCAGAACUCAGAUUAAGCGUGGCUCCUGAGAUGGACAUCAUGGACUACUGUAAGAAGGAGUGGAGGGGAAACACCCAAAAAGCAACAUGUAUGAAAAAGGGCUACGAGGAAGUUUCUCAGAAGUUCACGUCCAUCAGGAGAGUCCGUGGUGAUAACUACUGUGCACUGCGGGCCACGCUCUUCCAGGCGAUGAGCCAGCUGGCAGAGCUGCCCCCGUGGCUGCAGGACCCAGAGCUCAUGCUGUUGCCAGAAAAACUGAUAAGAAAAUACAGCUGGAUCAAGCAAUGGAAAUUUGGACUGCAAUUUGAUGGGAAGAGUGAAGACCUGGUUGAAAAAAUUAAGGAGUCCCUUAUCCUGCUAAGGACAAAGUGGGCAGGCCUGGCUGAAAUGAGAACUGCUGAAGCAAGGCAGAUAGCUUGUGAUGAACUGUUCACAAAUGAAGAAGAAUAUAGCCUCUAUGAAGCUGUGAAAUUUCUAAUGCUGAAUAGAGCCAUUGAACUCUAUGAUGAUAAAGAGAAAGGAAAGGAAGUACCAUUUUUCUCUGUGCUUCUCUUUGCUCGGGAUACAUCGAAUGACCCCGGACAGCUGCUGAGGAACCAUCUGAACCAGGUGGGCCACACAGGUGGCCUCGAGCAGGUUGAAAUGUUCCUUCUUGCCUAUGCAGUUCGCCACACUAUCCAGGUGUAUCGACUGUCCAAGUACAGCACUGAAGAGUUCAUCACAGUCUACCCCACUGACCCCCCCAGGGACUGGCCAGUGGUGACCCUCAUUGCUGAGGAUGACCGGCACUAUAACGUCCCUGUUCGAGUGUGUGAGGAGACGAGUCUGUGAGAGGGACCCCACCUGAAGAGCCUCGUGACCUGCAGGGCACACCGGCAGCUCCUUGCUAUGGGCCUUAGACCUGCCCGUUCUCAAAGAACAACUUGUGAGGGCUCCUGAGCUCCCGGGUGCCAGGUUAGAUUAGGGGGUUCAAGACUUCCUUUUGAUAGUAAGAACUAACGGAGUCUGUCCCCUAGUCUGUCCCGUGGUGUGUCUCACUGGGGGCCAUCACAGCGUAUCUUUUAGAAGGUACAAGCUACAGUUCUACAAGACAAAGAUUUUUGUAUCAGAGGAAACCACUUUUGGAGAGGAAUAUGUUCAUGUCUGGAAUCAAAAUUCUCUCUAAUGGUAAACUGGCUUUUAAUUUGUUUUGUAAAGGCAGUAAUCUUUUGGUGGUGGUGACAGGUGUCUUUAGUAGUCUUCCUAUAUGAUCUGUUUGAAUGGUAGAGUUCUGAGAUGGAUGUGUUGAUAGCGUAGUCAGGGCAUCCUCUGAUAAUCUCAUCAGAGCAAUAAUUUGAAGCAGAAUGUGUCCUGGAAGACUAAGAAUUUAGGUCCCUGGGUCCUUGGAAGGCGGGAGACACUGCUCGAGGGAACAGCAGAGGGCUCUGGACCUUCCUGCGCUGUGUGACUGUGACAUGGGUUGGGUUGGUCAGUGCUGCUCUGUCACAUUUGUGUCCGAGUUGAUACUUACUCAGAAUCUCCAAAGAGUCACGGGCUUAGUCGGCAAAGAACGUAUAUCCACCUGUGAUUUUAGAGCUGGAGUCCAAGGCCAGAAGAUCUUAGUAAUCUCAUCUUAGUGGUGGAGCUGAGCCGCCCCAGUCUUCCUGUGCCCUUUUCACACUGCUGCACAUGCGUGUGACCUACCUGGUGAUGGGAUGAGUAAUAGCAGUCUCUCUAGACUGUUCCUGAGUCAGUUGAAGUGGAGGCAUGUAGUCAACACAAGUGUAGAAGCUGCUGUGCUCCUGAUUGGGCUUGAGCAGCCUCAAAAGGACAGCUUAUGUGGCCGUAAGCACUUGCCUGUGUAGCACAGGGCAGCCAGGUGACGGGUUGGGGGUGGGCAGCUGCGCUGAGCCUGGUCGACCUGCGGGCUGAUGUUGCCCUUCAGGGACAUGGACUUGGUCAUUGUUCAUGAGAAACAGGCACGUCACUCUUUAAAGAUUCUGUCCGCAGAACUGGCAGCUCAGCUCUGAAGAGCUGAUGUUUCCUUGAAGUACUGAGUCUAUUUUAUAUAAUUAAAAUAUUUGAUCCAAUUUAAAAUUUACAGACUUAUAGUUUAUAAGCUAUGUAACCUGUUUGGGGGAAGAGACAAACCUUUGAAAACUUACGUUUGGCUUUUAAUUAAACUCAUGCCUUAGUUAAGAAGACACAGGAUGUGGAACUAUUCAGACAGCUACAUUAGUAUUUCUCGCAUUACUUCAUCAGUAAUGUCUGACACGUUCUGCUAGAUGUUUAUUGGCCUCUGUUAGAAUCCAAUCCUGCUCUAAAUGUGUAUGCAUACAUUACAGAGGCUUUCUGUUUUUCACUGAGAAAUGCCACGGUGCCUGGAAUAAGUAGAUACCCAGAAGCCACAUUAAAGUACUACUAGAGA